CAACAAGUAGUAUGUCGGUUACAUUUUUUAUCCAGCUAGGUGUGGUGAUUUUAUUCUACUGCCAGAUAUCCUUGGCCCAACAGCAGUGUUCCAUAGAAUAUCGUUUGCAAAAUGAUCGCCAAGUCUUGAAUAUAACUUCCAGGAAUUAUCCCAAUCCCUAUCCAUUGGGCAGCAAUUGUCGUUAUCGCAUUACGGCACCCAUGGAUCAUGUGGUGGUGGUGAAUUGCGGUUUUGAAGUGACCCCCAACAGGUGUGACAAUGACUACUUUAUAAUAUCCCUUGAUGGUGAUUUCCAGCUGGGUGAUGGAGAGCGCUUCUGCCUGACAAAUCGCAUGAGUCGCAUUUCCCACUUUCGUUCCAUGGUUUUAGCCUAUGCCUCUGUGAGACUCAAUUCUAUGCAACGUGGACGUUUCGCAUGCCAAGCCUUUGCCCGACGCCAGGCCUGCACCUGUGGCUGGACUGCCAGUACUAGAAUAACAAAUGGCGUUGAAACGAUGAAACAUGAAUUCCCCUCUAUGGUGGCGCUGAGAGACAUCUCCUCACCGCAGCCGAUAUUUUGUGGGGGUAGCAUAGUAAGUCAUCGCCACAUCUUGACGGCGGCCCAUUGCAUGCGCAUGCAUCCGGAUGCCAGCAGGAUAAUGGCCUAUGUGGGAGAUCACAAUUUGGUGGUGGCCGGUGAGACCCGCUUUGAGGCCCAAUAUCGUAUUCAACGCAUUAUAAAUCAUCCCAACUAUGCUGCCACGCCCAGUUCCACACAAAAUGAUAUUUCAAUUCUCAUCACGGUGCUACCCAUCGAGUGGUCCCGCGGUGUGGGUCCCAUAUGUCUACCAUGGCGUCAACUCCAAGAUCCCUUCGCCUACAUCCAGGUUGAUGUGGCCGGUUGGGGCACCCUCUCCUUUGCCGGCAUGAAAUCGAACACGCUACAAAAGGCCCAAUUGGUGACGGUGGAAAAUUCGGUGUGCCAGCAGCAUUACAAUACCACGGCCAUAAAGGGGUCCCAUAUUUGUACCUAUGACUUUUUGGGUCGAGGUCAGGAUACCUGCCAAUAUGAUUCGGGUGGUCCGGUGGUAAUGCGUUCACAACGAUUCCACCUACUUGGUCUCAUUAGUUUCGGACAAAGCUGUGGCCAGCGUUUUGGUAUGGGAGUGAAUACACGCAUUACCUCACAUCUACCAUGGCUUUGGACGUAUUUGCAGAACAAUGUGUGUGUCGUGUAA